GGAACGGAGGGCGAAUCGGCGUCGGCGGCAGCUGCAGGGCCAUGCCUGCUGUUGCUGCACAGCCGGCGACUGUGGCAGCCGAGUGCACGGCAGCCACGGUGGGCGCGGAAUCUGCGGAUGCGCCGGAAGCAUCGCCGGCCACGGCAAGCACAAAUGUGGAGGAUGCAGAGCCAAUGGCUGGUGUCGAGCAAGUUGAACUGAUGUCGUAUGCAUCAACUACGGCCACAAGAAGUUCAGAGGCUGCAGCAUCAAAGGCACCAAAAAGAUUGAAAGUUAUUGAUUUGAAAUCUUUGUGGACUAGAGCAGCAGCUAAACCCAAAUCAUCUACAGCCAGUGCCUCCACUCCAUUACUGCAAACUGUGGAAAGUAGAAUUCAAAGUGAUACCCCUUCUGUUCACUUGCAAACACAUAAUGAAAUUGAAGUGGAACGAGAAGUGGCAAGCACAGAGCCUCAAGUUGUGGGAGAUGCAGCAGUAAUCCAUGAAGACCAACAUGAGGGAAUUGAUGAUGACGAUCAUGAGGCAUUUUAUGAUAUUGAUUGGCUUCCACAUGAUCCUGGGGAGAGGAUUGCCAUAUCAGAUUAUAAUGUUAAUGAUCAAGCUGCCGUGAGAAGAUGAUACAUUGCAUUGGGGCCAUGUCAACCUCGAGGACAUGAUUUUCCAAGGAAAUUUAUUGGGGGUUGGCGUCGCUUUGUACCGAGUUGGUUUGAUACCUAUGAUUGGCUUGAGUACAGUGUGAAACUAGAUGCUGCAUUUUGCUUUGUUUGCUACCUGUUCAAGAAUAAAAAUUGUAAAGGUGGAAAUAGUUUUGUGGAUGGGGGCUUUAGUCUUUGGAAUCAAACAAGUAAAUUUGACACACAUGGUUCUUGCAAGUCUCACUGUCUCGCUCAAGAGAAACAUGAUUUAUUCUCUAGAAGUGGAACAUCAAUUGGAGAUGCUUUAGAGAAACUAACCACAGAAGAAAAGGCCAUGUACAAAGCUCGCUUGAGAUAUUCACUUAGGUGCUUGAAGUUUAUUUUGAGACAGGGAUUAGCAUGUCGUGGACAUGAUGAAAGUGAUGAGUCUCUUAACAAAGGAAAUUUUCUUGAACUUCUAAA